AUGAAUGAACAACGCUUUAACGAUACCACUGUAAUGAAUGAACGGUUCCGAAUCAUUUUGAAGAAUUUCUCGGAGGUAGCCUUAAGGUUGCCAGGAGUGUUACUGUUAGAGAUUUGGUGGCGUAAUAAAGAUGUUCAUAUGACUCCUGAAGUUUUACAAAAAUCGCCGUUAUCUUCUUACCUUGAGAUGAACAAAAUUAUUCAGUUUAUUCAGACAAGAAAUUUCGAUCAAUCAGCUUCUGUCAUUUUGAGCUACGCGGUUGUGACUUUGUUUUCAAUAUUCCUAUCUCUUCCGCUGAAGAAGUUAUUGUCUGUCUACGCCCACUUUCUUUCUUUGUUUCUCUUUGGCUUCGCUCAUUACUUGUCGAUCCGAUAUGUCAGGGCUGAGCAGGACAGUGAAGGUGAACUCCAGUUAGAUGAGGUUUGCAAACUUGAAUGGCACGGUUCACAUAUCUUAGCGCAGCUCAUGCUCUGUCUGGCACAGAGCUGUUUGUUGGGCUUAGAAAGCGAUUUUGAGAGGAUUAUGUUAUCAGUAUUUCUCUUACCAAUUUUUCUUCGCAUGUCUGGAAUGCCUUUAGGACUUCUGAUGUUAGCGCAUAAUUUAGCCUGUUCCUUAGCUAUGUUAAAUAUAUUUGUUUAUGUUCUGAAUCGAGCUCCAAAAAUUUUAAACUGUCUACGACAGUCUUGUCAAGCACUGAAGAACGUCAUCACGAGUCACGGCAUCAUUGAAGGUGCGGUAACUAUCUGGCAUAACUUACAUUUCGGAGAACUUCUUUCUUUUGCUUGGCUAUUUAUUUUUCUGGUUCAGAUGUAUGUAAACGUGGCUGAUCGGCCGGUAGAUUUGGCAAAAUUAGGCAUCUUGGCACUCUCGGCAAUUGCAGAGAGUACAAGCACCCCACUUUCUCUACUUGCACUUGCAUUAACAGUUAGGUACGGAUGUAGCCUUGUAAUUAAUUUUUCGCGUUGGGCUAUUGGUGGUAUUCACGAAAGCAGCCACUUUCUUGUUCAUACAGGAUACAUGGAGGUUCUUGUUUUGGUACUGCUCUUUUCGCAAACUGGUUUUCUGGCAAUGUCUCGAGAACAGAAAGCUUUUUUGCUGGGACUUGUGCUUCUGAUCGUUGUUUCUUCGCUGCUACAAUCGCUUUAUGAACUUCUGGAAUCACGUCUUCUGGAGCUUGGCGCUAUUCCAAAUCUAUUCUUCGAAAGUCACUUGUCUUCACUGUUCCUUGCUGCAGUCCUUUUCACGUUGUCCAUUGCAAUAACUGUUGUGAUCACCAAUUAUUUGCCCAUUGACUUGUGGUGCGUGAUCAUCGGUUCAGAUAGCGUUCUAACGGCUCUUCGAACUUUAUCAGUUGUUCUUUUGUAUGCAUUAACUGUGGUAGAAACUCGUUUACCUGAGUUUUGGGAGCCUUGCGAUGGGAUGAUUUUUCUCGUAAAGAUGGCGACAAGAAUACUGGAGUUUUGUUUUGCCACAUUUAUCUUGUGUUACGGCACAUUCUCAUUUUUUGUCAAACAGUGGUCGUUGGUUAGCUUUUUGGUAUUAGUCUUUCACGCAUAUUUUAAUAUUUGGCAACGGAUGCAGAAAAUUAUAAUGGAGUUGAGAACUCGACGUGCUGCAGUACAAAGUCUGUCUAGGUUACCACGUGCUUCGCCGCUGAUUCUUCAAAAGAAAAAGGAUAUGUGUGCCAUAUGCUGUGAAGAGAUGCGUUUUGAAGCGAGAGUUACGCCGUGCAAUCAUUUUUUUCAUGGAGGAUGCCUAAAAAAAUGGCUUAGUGUUAAGCAAGUGUGUCCUCUCUGCUAUUCUUUUGUUUCAUUCAAAGAUGAACAUAGUGUUAACUCUAAUCCUGUUGAACCUCAGGGAGUUCCUACUGCAAACCACCUUUACAUCUCUUCUGCGGCUUUCAUUGAUUAUGAAGAAGAGGAUUCUAGUGAAUGGGAUUCAGAUCAUUCUUCCCCUUUUAAUGAAUAUCUCUAGUA